CCUUGAUAUUAUGCUGAAGUAUUCCGGUUGAGAUUUUUAAAACCGAAAGUAGUUUUUCAGAUAAUUUGAAAAACUUUCCAAUUUCUGUUUUAAAACUUGAAUUUAUACUUUUAUCAUCUAUUGUUCAUCAACAUUAACGUUCUAUUCAACUUAAAUUGAAACGGGAUUAAUUAAAAACAAUUUAGAAUGAGCAGUGUCAAGGAGUCAAGUCAAGUCAAGGAAUUAGAAAAUAGCAGUAUAAACAUAAUCGAUAUGCCUGAGGCAUUUACAGAAAGUGGACAAUGUGACGAUGAGAUUACGUUAGUGUUUGAUAACAGCAACAAACUUUAUGUUUCGAAAAACUUUCUACGAUACGCCUCGCCUGUUUUCAUGGCAAUGUUUGAUCAUGAUUACAAGGAAAACAAGGAAAACAGCGUAUCAUUGACAGGGAAAAAUUACGACGAUUUCCUCGAAUUUUUGCUUUGUAUUCACCCGAGGAUUUUUAAACCGAUUACAGACAAAAACGUUCUACGGAUCGUGGAAAUUGCAAACGAAUAUCAGGUGACAUCAAUCAUAAAGAAAUGCAAAGAAACUAUGAUGACUUGGUUACAGACUUUAUUUGGUCAGGCAAGAACAAAGGGACAUUAUCUCUACCAAGCAGAAUAUCUCCGACCAUGUCUUCGUAUAAUAGCAAAAGCACAUGAAUUAAGCUAUAAUGAUGUAGUACAGUUUGCAGCAAAAACUAUAGCAAAGUUUGGACACAUUCUUUAUAACAAAGGGCAGACACAGCCGCCAUUGAAUCCUUGGUGCAGCCCGUACAUAACUGAUAAAAGAGGAGAUGAAACAUAUAGUGAUAUAAAAGAAGACUGUAUGAAUAUGUUUCAAGAACUUUCUUUAGAUAUCAAAUACAAAAUAGUAACAGAAAGAUUGCUCCUUCUAAACGAAGAAUGUGAUAUUAAAGAUUAAUGUGAAAAAAAAAGAGAAAAUAAAUAAAAGAAAUUGAAGUUGAUGUAAAAUAACGUUAUUUCACAGAUAAGAUUAUUUUCGAAGUUGACCAAAAUGAUGAUAAAUAUACAUGUUCGAACAUUGUCAUUCAUUAAACUGGAUAAAAAGGUAUAUAUAUUCAUUCUAAUAUCGCCAUUAUGACAUGCUAUUGUGAACAAGUUCAGAACCUGGAUCCAAAAUGCUAUACAAUACAAUAAAAUUUGUAUAUGACUUCUUAUCAUCAUUUCGUGUCAUUUACACAGUCUUUGAAACAGUUUGGUUUAAACAUAUUUAUUUAAGCUCGAUUGCGAAACAAGUUCUUGCAACUCAUAUUAAUCACUCCUGGAACCAAUCAGUACUGGUGUCGUAUGAAGAAAACAUGGUCGUGACCCGAGUAGGGCUCGAACCCAUGAUCUCUGACAGGCAGACACCUUAACCACUAGGCCACCGCUCCCCUUAAACAGUUGAAGAAGAAAGGAGUAACUCUAUGAUCUAUGAAGUUACCUCCACUAAUUGCGUGUAACAUGCGCGUUGUGUAAACAAAUUAACACUGAAUACAUGCAGUUCGAUUCUGAUAUGGAAUAUUUAUGUAAUUUUUUACAAUGUCUCUUUAUGAAUAUUGAUAAACGAAAAAUAUCAUUUCUUUCGUUUGAGCAACGAAUUAGAAGGAAAUUAUUUUCCCUUAAGGUAACUAUUCGUCGUCAGCGAGACAUGGGUGCACGUUUCGUGCAGUAUUUCGGUCUUUGUAAGUUCAUUCAGCUUUGUGAAACCAUCCGGUUUACAUCGUUAUUUUUUUUUUCAAAAAUAGGAAGUAAAUAAUUAUGAAUAAAAUAUGUUUCAUUCAUAGGUAGAGUGUAAACAGAUAUGCAAUUGUAAAUUUGUUAAAUUGUGUCAAAGUGUUUUUCUUUAAAAUAGUAGAUAAAUAUUAAUGUGAAUUAUAAAAUAUGAUGAAAUAUU